AUGGCACCACUAACAAAGUCGCAAAACUCCAAAUCUUUCAAGGACGCCUUUUCCCUGUUCGACAAGAAGGGCACCGGCAAGAUUCCUGCUGAAGCUCUCGGUGAUCUUCUCAGAGCUGUGGGCCAGAACCCCACCCUCGCUGAGAUUGAUGAUCUGAAGCAGACCAUUCCCGCUGAGUUCGACUACGAGACCUUCUCCAAGAUCGUCAACCGACCAAGCGGUUUCAAGUCUCUCGGUGAGCCCGAGGAUUACAUCCGGGGAUUCCAGGUGUUCGACAAGGACUCCACUGGGUUCGUGGGUGUCGGCGAGAUGCGAUACAUCCUUACCUCGCUGGGCGAGAAGAUGUCUGAUUCCGAGGUUGAUGAGCUCCUUAAGGGAGUCAACGUUACUCGAGACGGCAACGUCAACUACGUUGACUUCGUCAAGUCCAUUCUGGCCCAGUAG